AUGGUCGCGGUCUACAUUGACAACAUCGUCAUCAAGAUGCUGCGCACGGAUGACCUGGUCGCCACCCUGAGAACCACGUUCACAAAUCUCAAGAGGUUCAACAUCAAACCGAACCUCGAGAAAUGCACGUUCGGUGUGCCUAAGGGCAAAGUACUUGGAUACAUUGUGUUCGAGCGUGGCAUCGAAGCCAACCGCGACAAAAUCGCGGCCAUCACCAACAUGGGACCCAUUCGCGGCGUUAAGGGCGUCCAGAGGCUAACCGGGUGCCUGGCAGCGCUCAGCCGAUUUAUCGCCCGGCUGGGAGAACGAGGCUUGCCUCUAUACAAACUCCUCAAGAAAUCCGACACCUUUGUCUGGACGGAGGAGGCACAGGCGGCCCUCGACCUCCUAAAGGCUCUCUUAUCCUCUCUGCCGGUGCUCGUCGCACCGGAUCCCUGCGAACCCCUUUUGCUUUACUUGGCAGCCAUUAACCAUUGGGUCAGCGCCACUCUGGUAGUCGAAAGGGAAGAACAGGGACACGCCCUUAAGGUCCAACGUCCCGUGUAUUUCGUCAGCGAGGUACUGACCGACACCAAGUCGCGGUACCCGCAGACACAAAAGCUCUUAUACGUCGUCGUCAUGACGGCCAAGAAGUUGCAACACUACUUCACCGAGCAUGAGGUGCCGGUCGUCACCUCGUUCCCACUCGGAGAAGUCAUUCCCUCAUCCCUGGCCGACUUCAUCGCCGAGUGGACAGAAGUCCAAUCCCCGACCCCAGAAAUCUCUCACGAGUACUGGACCCUCUACUUCGACGGGUCGGUCAUGGGACCCGGCACGGGGGCCGGGGACGUCCUGGUCUCCCCAGAAGGAGGCAAGUUCCAGUACACAGUCUGCCUCCACUUUCCUGCAUCCAACAACGUAGCAGAGUAUGAGGCGCUGAUCAGCGGCGUCCGCAUAGCCAUCAACAUUGGGGCAACCCGCCUGUACGUCUACGGCGACACCAAGCUCAUAGUCGACCAGGUCAUGAAGAACUCUAACUGCGAGAGCCCCCUCAUGGACGCAUACUGCCAAGAAGUCCGUAAGCUAGAAGGGAGAUUCCGGGGUCUGGAGCUCCACCACAUCCCACGAAAACAAAACCCCGACGCGGACGCUCUCGCAAAAAUGGCUGCCGAGCGCAAGCCGGCACCCAACAGUGUUUUCAUCAAUGACCUGAACGCGCCGGGAGGAUUCACCCACCUACUUGUUGCAAUCGAUAAGUUCACAAAAUGGAUAGAGGUAAAACCGAUAGCCACGAUCGACUCCAAGGAGACCGUCAAAUUCUUCUUAGACAUCGUCUAUAGAUUCGGCGUGUCCAACUCCAUCAUCACCGACAACGGGACCAAUUUAACAGGUCACUACUUCCAAGAGUUUGCGGAAGAAUACGGGAUCCGGAUCGACUGGUCUUCAGUCGAACCCCCGCGCACAAACGGGCAAGUAGAAUGA